AAGUAAUCAGCCCUCCCUUCCACUCCCUCAUAGCCCACACACCACUUUGUCUCUUCCCCCAUCUCUUCUCCCUUAUGUCUACUCAGAAUCGUGCAAGGUCGGGCACCGUCCCUUCCAUGGAGACAAGCCACGACGAGCUCAAAGAUAACACCAUCGUCAUCGUCUUUGGUGCUUCCGGCGAUCUUGCCAAGAAGAAGACGUACCCUGCCCUCUUUGGCCUGUUCAAGAAUGGACUACUGCCAAAAGACGUCCAUAUCGUUGGAUACGCUCGCACGAAGAUGGACGAGGCUGAAUAUCACAAACGAACAACUUCCUACCUGAAGAACCCGGAUAACGAUCCCGAAGUAUCCGCCAAGAUUGAGGAGUUUAAGAAGCUGUCCACCUAUAUUUCUGGUGGCUAUGAAGAUGCGCCUUCAUUCCAGAACCUCAACAGGCAUCUCGAAUCUAUUGAGAAGAAUUACCAGAGAAAAGAAUAUAACCGUGUCUUUUAUUUGGCCUUGCCUCCCAGCGUCUUUGUCCCCGUAUCGAAGCACGUUCGGGAGAACUGCUACGCUCAGAGUGGCGUGAACCGCAUUAUUAUCGAGAAGCCUUUUGGGUCUGACCUUGAUUCGUGCCGCGACCUUCUCAGCAAUGUCAAGCAGUCUUGGACCGAGGACGAAACUUUCCGUAUUGACCAUUACCUGGGCAAGGAGAUGGUCAAAAACCUGCUGGUCCUUAGAUUCGCCAAUGUUGCUCUGGGAAAUAACUGGGAUAAAAAUUCAAUCAGCAACGUCCAAAUCACGUUCAAGGAGCCCUUUGGAACGGAGGGCCGUGGCGGUUACUUCGACGAGUUUGGUAUCAUCCGUGAUGUCCUUCAGAAUCAUUUGCUGCAGGUGCUCAGUAUUUUGACUAUGGAACGGCCUGUAUCUUUCGCCUCGGAGGAUAUCCGUAAUGAAAAAGUCAAAGUUCUGCGAGCGAUUCCUCCCAUUGAGAGGAAAGAUACCGUGCUGGGACAAUACGUUGGUGCCAAUGGGAAACCGGGCUACUUGGAUGAUGACUCGGUGCCCAAGGAUUCUGUUUGCCCGACGUUCGCUGCAACUGUUCUGUGGAUCCACAACGAGCGAUGGGAAGGAGUACCUUUCGUCCUCAAAGCAGGAAAAGCACUCAAUGAAGCGAAAGUAGAAGUCCGUGUGCAGUUCAAGGACGUGACUCAGGGCAUCUUCAAGGACAUCUCUCGCAAUGAACUCGUCAUUCGGAUCCAGCCUUCGGAGGCAGUGUAUCUGAAGAUGAACACGAAGUCGCCAGGCCUCAACUUCCGUGCAGUCCCGACGGAAAUGGAUCUGACGUACAAACGGAGGUUCAGUGAUCUGAAGGUGCCUGAGGCCUACGAAUCCCUAAUUCUGGACGCGUUCAAGGGAGACCACUCUAAUUUCGUUCGGGAUGAUGAGCUUGAUGUAGCGUGGAAGAUAUUCACUCCAAUCCUGCACUGGAUCGAUGGUAAGGAUGGAUCACGACCCCGGCCAUCGCCCUACCCCUACGGUUCGCGUGGGCCGAAGGAGCUCGAUCAGUUCAUUGCAAGCUACGGGUACCGUCGUGCGACUGAGGACUAUAGCUGGCCCACAACAAACACGUCGAAUCUUUGAAAGAGGCUCUCGGUGUUCGAGCGCUUAUUCCGUUAAAUUUGAGCGAGACAUGUACUGGCUAAAGAUGGAAGUUGACAACCGACAUAUGUACCAACAUUAGAAACAAAUUGAGAGUGGGCGGAUAAUUUGCUGCAACCGCACGAUGGAUAUCUGCCGUAGGCAAGACCUUGGAGAGAAAUUGGAGAAAGGUGGGGUAAAAUUUGCAAGCGAUUUUGGGCGGAGAUCAAUGGGGGAGAGUGAAGGCGGCAAGCCUGGCAUGGCCCACGAGAACCUGCCACUGGCGAGAUUUGAGGCUUUCAUCGGCGCAUCUGUUAUAUAAUGAGCAGGCGAGAUUAGUGUGACCGGGACGGACAGCGAUAAUUGCUGAUGUCUACUCCUCUUCCCCAGUCCCUUGUCCCUCUCCUUCGCUGUCCGCUCUGCAAUCCGCCUGACAUUCUCCAAAACCCCGUCACUCUCCACUGCGGACACACCCUCUGCGCAACUCACGUCACCUCGCCAUCUUGUCCUAUCCCAUCAUGCGCACUCUCGCUACCCACCGACUUCACCCCUGCCGCCUCCUCCGUCACUUUUCGUCCCGCGCCGCGGCCCUCUACACCGUCCAAACAGUCUGUACACACCCGCACAGACAUUGUCGUCACGAAGAUCAUAGCCCUCGUCCGUAAUACCGAUCCCAAACCCGACAACUCUUCACCUCCUCCAUCCCCGUCCACCUCGUGUUGUUCAUACGAUUCAUCCCACUCUGACGUUGACGACCCUCCAUCACUCUCCGGCUCGCCUCAUUCCAGCCCCAGGCCAUCGCCCCCGCGCCCACGGAAACGACGUCGGCGUAACUCGCCAGAACAUCAUCAGGAUACCCUUUCCGACACACUACAGCGAUUUCACAAGCAACUUAACGUCGAACUUUCCUGUGAAAUAUGCUUCACCCUCUUCUAUCAACCCGUCACGACACCAUGCCAACAUACUUUCUGCUCAAAGUGUCUUCAACGCUCAUUAGACCAUAGCCUGUUGUGUCCACUCUGUAGAUGCGAACUCCCGGGCUAUGCUUAUUUCCAGGAACA